AUGGAUGAAAUCUGAUUUGGUAAUAAUAUACCUUCUGGAAUUUCAGUGUUAAUUGAUGUAGAUGGUGGAGUCGAAGUGCUGCCCUCAGGAACAAAAAAAUCUAUUUAUUUUUUUUUAUAAUUUAGUACUCUCUUUUGCUUUAAAUAUCCACUAAAAUGUUUCCACUCUCAUUUAAAUUUCAGCUCGAAGACUCAAUAUAACGCUUCUUAAAAGAAAUCAGUAAGAAAUAGUACCCAUCUGGAACUCCUUGUAAUAACUCAUCAUGCAUAUUGGCUUUAAAGAAUGAUGAUUGCAUAUAGAUAGUCUUUCGAAACUGCAUAUUGAUGGGAUAAAUGGUAUGGUAUGCUCCCAAAUAUAAAUUCAUCUUUCUAGUAUUGGCAUUUUAAUAAGAAAUUGCACAGUAGGGCAGUGCUCAAAAGAUCCAAUAAUCUAUAUACCCCAUUUCAUCUUUUCUUAAGCCCAACAGAAAUUUAUAAUCAAUCUCCAUCUUUCAUCAUCAAAAGCUAAACCCUGUCAGAGGCUGCAAUAAAACAUCAAGUGACCUAUAUCUAUUUCAACAAUAGCAUCUAUUGCUUUUGAGGAAAACGCGGAAUACAUUCAACUCAAUCUAGUAGAUUUGAUUUGGAUUUAAAUCGAUGAAUUAAAUUAACUCCAAUGCCAAAGCUUGAUUAUAGGUGCAGUAGUAUAAUAUUUAAUGGAAAUAUUUUGAUUUCUGGAUAUUGAAAUAGAAAUCUUUGGUUAUACUCAAUUGAUAUUGACUCUUUCUCGACAAUUCCUUAUGAGUUUAAAGAGGAUAAAAGAAAGAUCCUGAUAAAUGCAGAGAGGCUAUAUUUGAUUGAAUGCCCUGGAUCAAUCUAUGAAAGCGAAGUUGGAAGUUACUCGAAUUGGAAAUGAGUAGGAAAAUCAACAAUCGGUAAUAAGUGUAUUGUUCAUAUAAUAAAGGAGGAAUAUACAUUCAGGAAGUUUAACAAUCCCCAUCAUGAUGAUAACUCCAAUGCAUUUUACAACUCAAUUUCACUCAAUUCAUGCCAAUAUUCAUCUCUUUCCUUAAGUUUUCCACGACUUCUUUUGCUUUCAAAUGUUUGGUUUGUAUAUGAUACAAUAUCCUGGAGCACUUCACUUGUAAAAAACAAAUUGAAUAUUUCAGUGAUUGAAUAA